AACAUUUCAGUUGGUAUUACUGAAAUUGCGAAAAGUUACUAAAAGUCAUAUGAUCGAUUGACAGGUGAUCAAAAGAGGUUUGGUUUUUAUCGUUUGAAAGUGGCAAAGUUUUUAGAAUAAUGGGGGCUCAAUUAUUACCUCUUCUUAUAAUAACCCUCUUCUGGGCUGGUGUUGGUAUUGUGCUGCCAUUUUUAGUUCCCAAAGGACCAAACAAGGGGAUUAUGCAAGUUAUAUUAAUGCUGACAGGGGUGUGUUGCUGGUUAUUCUGGCUUUGCUGCUAUGUGGCUCAAAUGAAUCCUCUAAUUGGACCACAGUUGGACAAACACACUCUUCUUGUAAUGGCAAAAGAAUGGGGUGAUGGAUUGUAAAAAUAUUUCCCUUAAGUUUAUAGAUGUUUGUUAUUCCAGUAUUUUAAGAAAUUCAAUUUUUGUUCCAAUAAAACAGUGUUUUAGUAGAAUAUUUAUUUGUAUAUAAAAUCAAUAAAUCAUUUUAGUUUAAAGUUU